AUGGAGUCGUGGCUGAUCCAGCUUGAGCAUCUUCUUAUUCUGCUCUUUUUUAUGUCAUUCAAGUUUCAGUUAUCCAUUGAAUCUGAUAGCAUCAUCCCGGGGGAGACUCUAUCAGGGAUCCACACUCUAACAUCACAAGGUGAAGUAUUUGAAAUGGGUUUCUUUGCACCACCAGGUAACUCUCAUGACUAUUAUAUAGGGAUAUGGUAUAAAGGACUUCCCAUGCCACAAAAAACAGUGGUAUGGGUAGCCAAUAGGGACUCUCCUGUAUCUGAUCCAUAUUCUUCAUGGUUAGAACUUAGUCAAGAUGGCCAUCUAGUCCUGCUCACCUCAUCCGGUCUUACAGUUUGGUCAACAAAUUCAAACUCAAGUGCUCCUCCAUCAAAUUCAACUGUCGGUACCCUUGGUGACGAUGGAAACUUCAUAAUAAGAGAAAGAUCAAAACCCUUUUUGGCUAAGGAAGAGAGAAAGAUAUGGCAGAGCUUUGACUAUCCAACAGAUACUUGGCUGCCUGGUGCAAAGUUUGGAUAUGAUAAAGAUACUGGCAUAAAAACAAUACUAAAUUCUUGGAAAGAUACAAGUAACCCAUCCAUGGGCUUCAACUAA